AUGAGUGAGAAGGACGCAGGCGUGGACGACAAUGUAAUGCUUGAGCGCCUCGUGGCACACCUUCGCAACCCCCCCUCUAUUCCUGCUGUGCCUGUUUACGCCUUGCCUGAUCAGCAGUACCUUGAGGCCACUGUGCUUCCGCUGCUUUUGCGGGGGCUGGAGGAGGUGGCAAAGACACGGCCUGCUGAUCCAUUGGCCUUCCUCGCAGCAUACCUUUUGAGCAAUAAUCCACAGAAGACGUCACAUCCUCUGAUGGGGGACGAAGGACGACGAGUGCCGUUGCAAGGGAUUGCUCAAAUGGCUGCGGACAUCAUAGGCCGGAAAUAG